AAAUUGACUGAAAAUUAUAUGAUUACCACACAGUUAAUUCCACCAUAUCUCUCUGGAAAAUUCCCAUUUACUUUAAUGGAAAUUUCUUAUGCAAUGCUAUCAGAUUUCUACUAGGAAAAUAAAAGUGGUUCUUUAAAAUAUUUUGUAAUUCUCUCAUUAAGAUAUAUCAUAUAUUCUGUGCUUAACAUGGCCAAGUCAAUUUCUCUGUAUGUGUUGUAAUAUGCAAAGUCAAGCAAGCAAUCUUUAGAGAAUAGAGACUCAGUCGCAUUUCCACCAUAUUCAAAUCUCAAGCUGCCUAGUCUUCUCUGAAUUUCAAAAAAUCUAGACGCCAAAAACCAAACGCUAAGGCCAAAUAAAAACUUUGAAUUCCUUAUUUUUCUGUCCAAGUCAUCUAAAAGAACCGUCUUUUCACUAACCACUAGAAUUUCAUUCAUCUUUGGUUUUCCUAAAAACUCAAAAAAAAAAAAUUUUUUUUUUUCUUUUAUUAUUAUUAUUUUUCUUUCCCAUAAUACGAGUAAAAUCUGAAUUCAAAGGGUUCAAGAAUGGUUGCCAAAGAACUUGAAAUUGGAACUGGUUCUAUCAGUGGUCUAGAAUCUGAGCAUCUGGCAAUGACAAAUGAAUCAGCUGUUUUACAGAAAAAGGGUGGCAGAAGCGAAGGAGAAUCAGAGGUGAGAAAGAAGAAACUGAAGAAGGUGCGAUCCAUCAAGCUCUCAAAAUCACCAAGCUUGAGACCACCAAUAAGAAGAGCAAAACCCCAUUCCAAAAACCUUCUCAUUGAUUUAUCCAGUGAAGAAGCAAGCUCAACAGAAUCAAGCCCAUCUCAUAGUUCAAUCUGUUCUGACGCAAGAACAAAUUUUUUCCAGAAACCAGCAAGAACAAUAGCAAGACGAUCAAGUUUCAAGGCUGCAAAAACUUUGUCAAGAAUGUCAAGUACCAAGUUCAAGAAACCUUUGAUGAGGAAAGUCUCAGGGGGAACUGAAGGGAACAAAAUGAAGACAUCCGGAAGACAUUGUGUCAGUUCGUCCGGCGAUGAGAAAGCAUCAAGGAGCUCUUCAAACAAGCACUUUCAGGCAAGUGAACUUUCCUCUGAGUCUAGUUGUUGUAGUGGUAGCUCUGAUAAGAUGAGGAAGAAAUCAGUUUAUUCUUCAAAUCCAAACUCUAAUUCUCCUGGUCAGAGAUCCUCAAGAGUUUUAACAAGGACAUCUAGUUUGAAACCUUCGAGGAUCUCAACAACAAAAAUGGCUAGUAUUAAAGCCAAGAGUGGUUCCAUCAUAGAAAAACCUACAUGUUCUUCAACUCUCAAGGAUGCUAAGUUUUCUGAGAUGCUCAAGUCUCAGCAUGGUGGAAAUGAGUCCCAUGAAAAUUCGCUUGCAGAGGUUUGUCCAUUCACUUAUUGCUCACUUCAUGGCCAUCGUCAUGCCGCUCCACCUCCAUUGAAGCGUCUCAUUUCCAUAAGAAGGCGUUUGUUAAAGAGUCAAAAAGGCAAAGUGGAGAAUAGAUCUCUCCGUAAAGAAAAAUAUACUGGAAAGGCUAAUAAGAAAGUUCAGACAAGUCAAAUGGUCUGCAAUGGACAAGAUUCUGUUAGUGAAAUAGUUUAUGGAAAAGAAGAGAUAAAUGCAGGAACAGAAACCACCUAUGGUGAAGGAAAGGAAGAAAUCCAUGAUUCUGUAAUCCCUGCCGAAGAGUUACAACAAAUCGGUGAGCUUAAUACACCAGUUUCUGAAGCAACUGGUGUGGAAGAUGAAACUGUUUCAUCUAACCACGAAAAUGGAAGCAAUGGUUCUGCUUGCAAUAAUAAUGAUGAAUCUGAAUCAACUGGAAAAAGUUUGGAGGUUUAUGAUUCUGAAUGUGGCAAACCACUUGAUGAAUUGAGAAGACCAAAACCAGAUAAACUAAAGGAAAUAAGUCGUGAUUAUGGUGUGGACUCUGUGGCCAAUAGCGCUGGAAAUGAAGCAGACAGCAUUCAGAGGAAUAAUCAUAAUCAGAAGUACAUGAGAAUGUGGCACUUGAUGUAUAAGCACUCAGUUAGAAGUAUCAAUGGAAGAGCUGAAAACCAGCUUCCACUUGAUCAAGAUGUGAACAAGACAGAACAAGUUGAAGAUGCCCAUCCCUUGGGCGAAACAGACAAUUUUGGCUCUUGUCAAGGGUUUUCAGAAACCAAUCAUGAUAGAGCCACGGACAGUGACAGUGAAAGCAAUCAGAAGAUUGAAAUCCACAAGAAUGAUGCUAUUCAGAUGGUACAAGAAGCAUUUGAUGAAAUCCUUUUGCCUGAAAUUCAGGACCAUUCAUAUGAUGGUCAUUCAGUUACAAGCAGUGUGGAAUCAGAUCAGGAACUCUCAGAACACAGAGAUGAGGAAUGGAGCACCUCAAAUUCCACCCAUUCUUCUAUGGACAAUGUCUCAGAAAGUAGAGAGGAAACACUGCUUAGAACUGAAAGUACACUUUCCUCAAAUGAAGAGAAAACAUCAUCAAAAGUGGGAGACAUUUCAAACCAGAAAAAUUCUAAGAGCUGGAGUAAUCUAAGAAGAAUCAUCAUCCUCAAGAGGUUCUUCAAGGCAUUGGAAAAGGUAAGAAGACUCGACCAAUGGAAGUCACAAUCUCUACCCUUGGAGCAUGUUCCUGAAGCAGAAAAAAUAAAUCUUAGGCACCAAACAUUAGAAGAGAGAAAAUCAGCAGAGGAAUGGAUGCUGGACUAUGCACUUCAAAAGGUUGUUUCUAAAUUAGCUCCAGCUCAACAAAGAAGGGUAGCACAGCUUGUAAAAGCUUUCGAAACGGUUCUUCCAUUCCCAGAUAUCAAAGCUAGCCUGAGGUCGAAUGUAAAAGUUUCCUCCCAAGUAGACAUAGUUCAAGUAUCUAGUGAUAUGUUACUUCAAAGUGGUCAACGGAAAAGUAAAGAAAGUGAAGCUCAAAGUUCCGCUGAAAACAUGGUUGGCAAAACAUCCCAUGUGAAAAGUGAGGAGUACACAGGUCAAGCCAAGGAUUUCCUUACGGUAGAACCACAAGAGCCAGUUAAAUCUCCAAAGCUCAAAGAAACAAGUUUAGCAUGCUGUGGCAUUAAAACAGAACUGGAUGUGUCUCUUUCUGAAGCCACAGGUAAAGACUGGAAGGAAGAACAAGGUGUUACAAGCAAUAUUCCUAAUGGGAACGACAAAGUCAUUCUGCCUUGUGAUCAACCUGAUUCCAUCAAUAUUCAUUUACCAGAGAUGAACGGUCACAGACCGUGCAAUAAGCUGAAGCCAGAUGACAUUGAUAACACCUGCCAUGAAGGCCAACUAAAUGGAAAAGUUCAAGAGGUACAUGAAGAAAUUAAUUCUAGCUUGAGUUCAGAACCUAGCAACAAGGAUUCUGAAUUGUGCGGAGAAGUAAUUGAGGCCAAUAACAUAAUCAAUGCUCAUGGUGAACAAUCAGAAACUUCUAAAGACCUUCUCCCCGUGGAUUAUGAAGAAUCAAUUGUAGUAAACAACAAUGUUGUCUCUUCAGCUUCUACCGAUCCAUCUGAGGAUGCCAUGGCAGCCAGAAAAGAAAAUAAUGGAGUAGAAGGGGCAAAGUCUGGAUUCCCACAAGGAUUUCAUCAACUUGAAGGGUCUGAGCCUGAAAGAAAAACUGAUGUAGCACAGGAAACACAAUUGGAAAAGCAAAGCUACACAAAGAUGUGGUUCUUGGUGUAUAAGCAUAUGGUUUCAGGCAUUGCAGCAGAUGGUGAAACCAACCUACCUGAUGGAGAAGGUAAGCUUGAAAUGGAUUAUGGGAAUACAAUGACAGAGAGGAUUUGUGGUCGAAGUUCCCCUUUUUCAGACCAAGACACUAUCGCAAAAGACAGUAUUGCAGAAAACCAAAGUGUUGAAUUCCGCCGUCUUGAAGCUAUAAAGUUAGUAGAAAAAGCUAUUGAUGAUAUCCUGCUUCCAGAAAAUAAGAACAACUCACUUGAUGAUCAGUCAAGCAACGGUGACUCAAUUACUGACCAGGAAACCCAAGAAAGGAAUUCAAGCAACUUUUACAAAGAGAGUUUCAGAGAAUCUGGAAAGGAAGAAGCAGAGGAAAGCAGAGUUCCAGAACCUAAUAUCAGUAUCCAAGAAGAACAAGAAGAGAGUGUACCAAAGGUGGGAAACAAGAACUGGAACAAUCUGAAAAAAUUGAUUCUUCUUAAGAGAUUCAUCAAUGCAUUAGAAAAGGUCAGGAAAUUCACCCCAAAAGGGCCAAGGUUUCUACCCUUGGAGGCUGAUCAAGAAGCAGAAAAAGUUCAUCUAAAGCAUCAAGAUGUAGAUGACAGAAAAAGUUCUGAAGAAUGGAAGCUUGAUUAUGCACUUCAACAGGCCGCUUCUAGACUAACUCCGGCUCGCAAAAGAAAAGUGGAGCUUCUGGUGGAGGCUUUUGAGACUGUCAUUCCAACUAUUGGAAGUUGAACUUGUUAAAAAUGUUAUACAGCUUCAUUCAAACCAGAAGUUAUUACCAAGGUGAAGCAGCUAAUCUCUGAUAAAUGUGCAGGUGAAGCAGCUAAUCUCUGAUAAAUGUGCAGGUGACGCAGCUAACAAAUGGCAUGGCUUUUUAGCUGCUAUUUAUAGUGUGAUUUAGGAUGGAUAUUGGAGAAAUACAGUAUAUACAUGCAGGUUAUGAUUUUAUGGAGAUUUUAAGGUGCAUAUAAUAUAAAACUUUUCGGUCACAAUUUUUGUUUUCUUUGCAUAUAAUAUAAAACUUUUCUGUCACAAUUUUUGUUUUCUUUCUUUAACCUUCUUAAAGUUACCUUAUUGUAUAGAAGGAAGAGAAAAUUCAGAACUAAUAUACUUGAAAAAGAACAAUGUACAGUUUAUUCAAGAAGGUUUUACUUUAGUUUA